UUUCAGUUUGUCGGUUGAUAAUGGAGCCAGUGCCAGGAAUUCAAGGUUUUGGGAGCGGCACAUUCCACAUCCUGGAAUUUGCCUCUACCAUAAAUGGUAAGCUUGCAAAUAACGUGGUGACGUAAUGGCACAUCCUUCAACAAACAUCGGAAAUCGUUCUUAUCAGCGUGGACACUUCAGAAACUAUUCGUUCAGCUUUGCUAUGUGAACCUACCCUUCUAGCUACAAACCAGGCUUGAAGUUUGUUCAGUGUGAUUACACAUCACAUCUGGCAAAACGUAACACUUAUUUUAUUAUUACUCGGAUUCGGCAAGUUUGGAAAAACCUUGGCAAUGCCUCUAAAAGUGGUCGUGCAAGGUCCUGGGCCUUGGGGAUUCCGUCUAGUUGGUGGGAAGGAUUUUGAUCAACCCUUGACUAUCUCGCGGGUCACUCCUGGCAGUAAGGCGGCCCAAGCCAAUCUUUCAAUUGGGGAUCAGAUCUUGGCCAUAGACGGAGAGCCUACUGAGAAUAUGACUCACCUGCAGGCACAGAAUAAGAUCAAAGGCUGUGUAGAGGAUAUGACACUCUCCAUCGACAGAUCAGAAACUAAAAUGUGGUCACCACUCUCUUCAGAGGAAGGAAAGACCAACCCUUACAAGAUGAAUCUUGCAACGGAGCCACAGGAGGUGAAACACAUCGGUUCUGCCCACAACAGGAGUGCCCUGCCAUUUGCUGGGUUUAGCCCCAAGGUGGUCACCAAUCAGUAUAACAAUCCCGCCGGCCUGUACUCCUCAGCGAACAUCAAGGACUUCAACACAGCCGUUGAUGAUGUUAAAACCCAUGCCACAGCUGUUAACGAACCCACUACCAUUCCAGACAAAUCAGGUGUUCGCCCACCAAUCGUGGCCGAUUCUGAGGUCUACAAAAUGCUGCAGGAAAACCAGGAGGCAGAUGAACCUCCUCGACAGUCUGCUUCAUUCAAAGUGUUGCAGGAGAUUCUAGAGUCAGACACUGAUAAACCCUCUGGGUUUAGGAGUGUGAAACCGCCAGCCACAAAAAUUGGUUCAACUGUGGGAAAUGCCGACAAGUUAUCAAUCUGUGAUAAAUGCGGAUCGGGGAUUGUUGGGAUGGUUGUCAAGUUGCGGGACAAGUUCCGUCACCCAGAGUGCUACACCUGCUCCGAUUGUGACGUCAACCUGAAACAGAAAGGGCAUUUCUUUGUGGAGGACCAAAUCUACUGUGAGAAGCAUGCUCGGGAGCGUAUGACUCCACCUGAAGGCUAUGACAUGGUCACUGUCUACCCCAAGUAGAGCUGUCUUGUUGAACACUGCCUUAAACUGCACAACCAUUAUAAGGUCACCCAAGAUGCCAUGAAAACCAUUCCAAGACAUUCUAGCAUUUAAAAAUGGCGCAUUACUGGAAUGUAAAAAUGGUAUAUAACUGUUUUCUUUUUUGGUAAAUAAUAAUUUGCACAUUGCGUGUAUACAUUCUGAAAACGAAGGCAUUAUGAAUUGGGGACAUUCAUGGUUUUAGUCCAGGUUUCUACCGAUAGUGCUUUUAAAUGUUUGGGGAUUAUCUGUUUUUACCAAGGUCGUUAUUCUGAACGGUGCUGUUAUCAGUAAUAUGUGUUGGACAUUUCAGCUACUGUACUUGGAACUUGACUCCUUCAUUGUGAUUCAGGAUUCUGGAUGAAUGGUGGCCCUGCUAAAGUACUGGAUGUAUGCUCAGAAUAAUAAAGUAACUUUCUUUUUGCUAAGCUCAAUUUUAUUUGUAGUUUUUAUAUUAUGAAAAUGCUUUAUCCGUUUUUCAUAUUACUCUGCACGUAUCAAUGUUUGACUGUACCAUAGUUAUGAGUACUGAAUAAAAAUUCCUCAGACCGUGA